AUGUCGUUGUGUAGACUUGUGAACAAAAUCGACGCAGCAAUCGAGGACAGCCAUGGCCAAAUGCUGCAUUGCGAAGUCAGUGGCAAGAUCAACGGCCACAGCGGUCUCUCCAGCGUCCUAGACCUCACCAUCAUGUAUGUGGAUAAGGACUAA